CGGCCCCGUCCCGGUGGGCACCUCUCUUUUUUUCGGUGCCUCGCCGCCGCGCGUUUCCCGUCUUUCGUCCGCCUCGCCGGAGACGCUGAGAGACGAGAGAGCCAGAGAGAGAGAGAUCCGGCCGGCGGCGGUCGCAUUUUUACUCCUCUCCGCCGGAGAUCGCCCGAGAAUGGAUCGCGAAUUAGUCGCGUCACUCGUCCGGCACGGAUCCACGCCGUAGAAGGCAAUACCCGGAUCAGAUGUGAAUAUAGCAAAAAACGCGUCCUUCAAAUGGAGCGUGUUCUGAAGGCUGUACCGGCGGAUUUAAGAGUAAAAAUGGAGGCUCUUGUGCACGAUUUGACUUUGGCACUGGAGGAGAGCAGCAACAGUGCGAAUCUCAGGCGCAGAUGGGGCAUCCGGAGGAGGGCCCGUUCCACGGGGAAUAUUCGUAAGUCGGCUUUAAGCAUGAACAAACAUUCGGACGACAGCUCAUCUUCCAUUUGCGAGAUUCGCAUUCCAAAGACUGCCAACGUUUCGAAGUAUCAGUCCGACAGCGACGAUACCAAUCAGACCAAGCGCUUCGCACAUUUCCCGAAUUUGAAUAACGUCAGUAACAUCGAGAGCGACUCGGUGAACGAAAAUUUUGUGCCAAGAGCGAACACCCGACGCAAGAGGAAGUUCAAGAGAAUGGCGAUCGAUUCCGACUCCAACGCGUCCACUUCUCAAGCGGUGGCGAUCAUGUCGACUUCAACAUUCGGCGGGAAGAAACGUAUCUUUCGCGAUUGUAAAAAUAGAUACAGCGCUAUAUGGUGCGGAAAACGCAAGAGAUCGUGCAGGGAGCGUUCGAUAGACUGCGAGAUGAGGGUGUCUAAACCAACAAAAAAUGCAAAGCCAAAAAAUCGGGAUAAGAUGCAAGGCGAGGACACGGUGGAUUGCUCUCGUAUAUCCAGCUCCAGCAUUUCGUCCAGUGAUUCGGAGGCAGGUCUCAUUACAAACGACGAGGAUAGAGAAGGAGACGACGAGCAGUCGGAUUGGAUCGGAGAGUCGAGCUGGCGGGACGACGGAGAGAGCACGAGCGACGACAAAGCCACGGCGGACACGGCCUUCCAAAUGAUACUGCACGGCGAGCACUCGGUCGCGGAGGCGAAGAAGAACUACAGACAGAGAAUACAACGCAUCCGCGAGGGCCUGAGCGGCAGGGAGAUCCGCGCCGGGCGACGUCACGUCGACAACAAGCCCGGUUACUCCAUCAUAACGUCGGCCAAUGAGAAGGUCUCGCGAUUCCUGCAGGAUCCCACUCAGAGCGAGCUGAAGCUCCAUCCUAUGCGACAGCCCGAGCGCGAGAAGCUGCGUCGCCUCGCCAAUUUGUACAGCUUGAGCAUGAAGGGCGAUCAGAGCUGCCCGAUACUGUACAAGACGCGGCACACCACGCAGGCCGUCUGCGUGGACCAGGUGUCGUUGAACAGGCUCUCGGACUACAAGAGGCUGCGCAAAACACCGCCGAACUCGCCGAACUCGGACUCCGCGAUGCAGACCGAGGAGCCUCCUCAGAUCUCCGGCAUGAGUUUCAGUCCGCAAAUCGUAAAUCAAACGGAGAGCAACAUCGGCUCCGUACAAGCAAACGUAAAAACGUUGUCGUCGUUGGAAUGGGAAAGCGAGAGCAUGGACAUUGAAGUACAAGGGAAGCCAAAGUUUUCUGAUUUUGGACAUUCCAAAUCUAGUUAAAUAUAUAUAUAUAUAUAUAUACGUAAUACGUUAGAUAUAUACGUAUAUUAUCAUUGUUUUUUUCUGAAUGUGCAUAUGGGUGUGUGUACGUAUAUGCAAGUUUUCUGUACAGAUUCUUUACGUUAUUAGUAUUAGGAAAUGUUAAUAUUCGUAAUAAUCACAUGACACAAAGAGAUUCUACAAGAA